AUGAAUCCGCCGAACUGGGAACUCCGAGGUUGCUGUAACCGAAACCAGAACACGUUCCUUAUCACCAUCGGAAUCUUCACCGUCGUUAUCCUUCUGCUAUGGAGGACGUUUCUGUUGACUCCAUUUAAACUCAUUACGGUGUUUUUGCACGAAGCGAGUCAUGCUGUAGCUUGCAAGCUUACAUGUGGAGAUGUGGAGGGUAUGGAGGUGAAUGCAAAUGAAGGAGGUUCGACAACAACACGUGGUGGCAUUUAUUGGCUAAUCUUACCUGCUGGCUAUCUUGGCUCAUCAUUUUGGGGAAUGGCUUUGAUUCUUGCAUCCACUAAUCUGCUAACAGCAAGAAUAGCUGCUGCUGGUCUCGGUCUUGCUUUAUUCAUCGUCCUCUUCAUUGCCAAAAACUGGACGCUUCGAGGUCUUUGUAUAGGUUUCAUAGUGUUCCUCGCCAUCAUCUGGGUUCUACAAGAGUUAACAACUGUCAAAAUCCUCCGUUAUGUGAUUCUUUUCAUUGGUGUGAUGAAUAGCUUAUUCUCGGUUUAUGAUAUCUAUGAUGAUCUGAUAUCACGGAGAGUCCAUUCAAGUGAUGCUGAGAAGUUUGCAGAGAUUUGUCCUUGUUGUACUGGUUGUGGCUGGGGUGUUAUCUGGGGAAUGAUAUCUUUUGUGUUUCUUUGUGCAUCGUUGUAUCUUGGUCUAGUGAUCCUAUCAUAG